UGGCCGGAAAUUGCGCCUGACAAACUAAACUCAGGGGUUCACCCACUGUUGACGCCAGCAAUGUCCGGUGACUGAAAAAGCAGCUUACGGUGUUUUACGGAGAACUACGUGAGGAAACAAAGUGAUUUGGACACACAUUUUCCUGAACCAGUGAAUUCGCCAUCACCAUCAUGACGACUGCUGUGAGGGCAUCCUCCCAUGUGCCUGUUCGGGGCCCGGGUGAUGGCAUGGAAACUGAAAAACCAAAAGCCAUUAUAGAAGUUAGCACAGAAAAACCACCAUCACCAACUCCACCUCAUGUUCCCCUUUUAAGAGUAGCCAGUCCGAAACGCAGCCCCAAGUCUGCAGUCCCAUCUCCACCCCGUCCCUCCUCCCCACAGCCUCCUGGGGUGCUACAUUUGGGGAAAGUGAGUAGAGAAGUGUGUACUGAGGUAGAAGCUGUGAGGAUAGUAGUGCCCCGGGCUGCAAUAAGCAGACGCAGCCAUAAGGCCCCUGCAGAAGGCAAAGGAGAGACAGGACAGGGAGAGGAGCAGGGUUCGCCUCCUUUGCCCCUGGUGGAGGAUUGGAAAAUCCAACUGGAAAAACUACAGAACUCUGAACGAAGACUGCUGCAGGACAAAGAAGGACUGUGCAAUCAGCUGCGUGUGCAAACGGAGGUGAACCGUGAGCUGAAGAAGCUGCUGGUGGCCUCUGUGGGUGAUGACCUCCAGUAUCAGUUUGAGAGAUUGGCCCGAGAGAAGAACCAGCUGAUCCUGGAGAACGAGGCUUUGGGCCGAGGCCUGUCCCACACAGCAGAGCAGCUGGAACGCAUGAGCAUCCAGUGUGACGUCUGGAGGAGCAAGUUUCUCGCUAGCAGAGUGAUGGCGGAGGAACUGACAAAUGCCAGAGCAGCUCUACAGAGACAAACAAGAGAAGCACAAGGAGCAAUUCAAGAUUUGCUGCUAGAAAGAGAAGAGUUCUCCAGGGAAAUGGUUCAAACACACAGGUCACUGGAGCAGCUCUUGGUUUCCCUUCAGUGGGGCAGGCAGCAGACGUACUACCCCAGUGCUCAGCCUCUCAGCACCGGAGAACUGGCCUCAGCGAACCACAAACUCGCAGACGCCAUCAACUCUCACCUGCUCGGAAACACCAGUGGCAACGUGGCUAAAGCCAGCAGCACCAACUCUGAACAACUAUGCAGCACGCCAGCCGAGAAAAUGGCAGAGAAGGUACUCAAGAUCUUGGACCCAAUUUCCCAUUCUGAAGACCAGACUGAGACGCCUUUGAAUGACGAUUCUUCAGCAAACUUUCUUAAUAAUAAAAAGAGUAUUGGCAGGUUUCACCCAUACACUAGAUAUGAAAACAUUACCUUCAACUGCUGUGAGCGCUGCACUGGGGACAUCAUAGUGCUGUAGGACUAUUGUUACUGUUGGCAAAAGCUGCAGAGCUUUAAAACCCAUUUGAAAUGUAAGACUCUGUGAUUUUGAUGAACUUUUGACCAGCCUUUUAUAUGCCGCUUCUGUUUUCACAUAAGACAUUUAUUUAAGGUAAAUGAUUGCUAAUUUGUUGCUGCUGAAAUGGUAUAGUGAGGAAAAAGUUUAAACAAAUGAACUGUAUUCUAGGAUCGGUGAGGAAAACUAGUAUAAACUAGGAGGCUGUGCGUUUAUUCAUACUUGAACUUCUAAGCUGCUGUUAAUAGCUUUUUUUUGAUACUAGCACAAAUUAUGUAAUUGUGAGAGAUGAUGCAAUAAUUUUAGGGCCACUUGCCCUCGUCUUAGCUUCAAACAUCAUGCAGUGGUUGGACAGUUGUAAAUUACACAGGUACUAAAGCCUGUACAAUUCCUUGCUGUGAUGGGGAGUUGUUGGCUGUAAAUCUUGCAGUGUUUAUAAGAGAUGUAAAAAGAAUCAAGGUAUUUCAAAUGUUUUAAGCAUAUUUAUUUUUGUUUAUGGAUCUGUAUUUGAUAUUUACAUUACAUUGUAUUAAUCCUCAGAUUCAUUCAUUCAGAAUGUGAAAAUAAAGGCUUUUUAUUUAUGUUCUUUAAA